GGGAGGAAGUGACGAUCCGUGCACAGGACGAGGCGGGCCGCGAUCAGAAGCUUUGUGCAUCGCUCUGACAUCCAAAGAGCCAUCGGAGCGCCGAGCGAGCGCCGUGUGAUUGACAGGUGCGGAGAGUGCGGGUAAAUAUGAGCACGGGCAGGUCAGACACGAGCUCGAAGCGGAAGAGGUCGACGCCUCAAAAGUUCAGAAGCCGAAAACUCUUUGCUUCUUCCAGACAUGACAUUUUAGAGCAGCCAGAGUACUCCCGGGCCAGAGAUGGAGGAGCUCAAGAGGAGCAACUGAGCCUGUCCAAGCUCCCGGUGACCCUGCAGAACAAAGAGAACAUGCCUGAGAAAUGUCCCAACGGGUCGGUGACAUCGGCCAGGGGGAGAGGACGGCCGAAAGGGAGCAAGAACAAGACCUUCCCCACCUUGCCUACGAAGGUGUACGCCGUCCGCGAGGGGAAGCCUCCUAUGUACUCCUCCAACCCAGAGGAUGACGAUUAUAUUGAGUCUCCGAAUACAUCCAUCACCCCACACAGAGGAAGAGGGAGACCGAGGGGCAGCACAAAGACACCCGCGGGGGCAGCAGAGCCUGGAAGCAAGGCUGGGGUGUCAGAGGGGUGCUGUCCUUACCGGCCCCUUAAAAGCAACCGUUGGCUGUACACAUCUAAAUGGAGUCCUGGCGGCUGUAGUUUGUUUAAAGGGGCCCUCGUAUGGCAUACGUCGCUGGCAGCAAAAGGGUUAAGCGAUGUGUAG